GUGUUCAACUCUCUGCUCUAUGAUCGGUUAGUUGCUGUGAAAUCCUUAUGUCUAGUAGAAUUUGAUGCUGUUCUAGCGAGUUGAUUGAUUUAGGGCUCUCUGCUCUCCGUUUUGGUUGCUGAGAAAAUUUUCCAGGAUGAAUUCCAACUCUAGAAUCUGUUUGGCUGCUCUUCUUCUCUUGUUCCUUCUGUCCCCCACAGUGUUCUCCACCCCCAAUAAUGGGUUGAUCCGAAUUGGACUGAAAAAGAAGAAAUUAGAUCAAAGCAACCGUCUUGGCUUAGAGCGGGCAACACUAAGACUUCCUAUCAGAAAAUAUUAUCUCCAUGACAACUCUGAGGACACUGUUGCACUAAAGAACUAUAUGAAUGCUCAAUAUUUUGGUGAGAUUGGAAUUGGAACACCCGCUCAAAACUUCACUGUGAUAUUUGAUACAGGAAGUUCUAAUCUUUGGGUACCCUCUGCGAAGUGUUAUUUCUCAGUCGCAUGCUUUUUCCACUCAAAGUAUAAGUCCAGCCACUCAAGUACCUAUCAAAAGAAUGGGAAAUCUGCUGAGAUCCAUUAUGGAACUGGAGCAGUUACAGGUUUCUUCAGCCAAGACCAUGUCAAACUCGGGGAUCUGGCUGUUAAGAAUCAGGAUUUUAUUGAGGCAACCAGAGAGCCUAGCAUCGCAUUCUUGGCAGCCAAGUUUGAUGGUAUACUUGGACUUGGAUUUCAAGAGAUCUCAGUUGGGGGUGCUGUUCCUGUCUGGUAUAAUAUGGUCAAUCAAAGUCUUGUAAAAGAGCCAGUUUUUUCAUUUUGGUUAAACCGCAACAUUCCAGGGGAACAAGGGGGUGAGAUUGUUUUUGGUGGGGUUGAUCCUAGUCAUUUCGAUGGCAAGCACACCUACGUCCCUGUGACUCAGAAAGGGUAUUGGCAGUUUGAUUUGGGUGACGUACUAGUUAAUGGUGAUACAACUGGAUAUUGCGGUGGUGGUUGUUCAGCAAUUGCAGAUUCCGGAACCUCUCUGCUGGCUGGCCCUACGGCUGUCGUUACUCAAAUCAAUCAUGCAAUUGGAGCUUCUGGGUAUGUAAGCCAAGAAUGCAAGGUUGUGGUCACGCAAUAUGGGAAGACCAUACUAGAUUUGCUGGUAGCUGAGGCACGACCAGAAAAAAUCUGCUCCCAGAUUGGUUUCUGCAUGUUUGCUGGGACUCACAGUGUUAGUAUGGGCAUUGAGAGUGUGGUUGAAGGGAACAAAAACAAGGCAUCUGAAGGGGUACAUGAUGCCACGUGUACUGCUUGUGAGAUGGCAGUGAUAUGGAUGGCAAAUCAGCUAAGACGGAAUCAGACAGAAGAUCAGAUAUUGAAUUAUGUCAACGAGCUUUGUGACCGACUUCCCAGUCCAAAUGGAGAAUCAGCAGUUGAAUGUAGCAGUCUAUCUUCCAUGCCUACUGUUUCAUUCACCAUUGGUGGUAAAGAAUUUCGUCUUGCACCAGAGCAGUAUAUUCUUAAAGUGGGAGAGGGAGCUGCAGCUCAAUGCAUUAGUGGGUUUCUUGCUUUGGAUGUGCCUCCCCCUCGAGGACCUCUCUGGAUUCUGGGGGAUGUUUUCAUGCGCCGCUAUCACACAGUGUUUGACUAUGGGAAUCUGAGAGUUGGAUUUGCUAAAGCAGCUUAAACCAGUCUGUCUCUAACAUUCUCUAUUCCCUCUGCAAUAAACAUAGCCAUACAAAAAAAACUUUUGCAGUAGUUUUCGGGUGUUAGGAUACAACUUAUCUAAUCGAUCGACAUGGUGUCAAACAUGUUACAUGUAAAUAUAUGAAGGCUAUAUGCUUGGUAUUGUAGAUAAAAGUAAAGGGAGCUGGAACCUUAUGAAAUUAUUACUCUCUUGUAGUAGCAUGAUCUGAAACCCACUUUACUUACACAAUAAGAAAUGAUCAGAAACCCACUUUAGCACUUGAA